GCGGCGCGUGACGUGGAGGGGGGCGUUCCUCGGAGUAGGAAGUAUGACGUAACAUUUGUUUUGGGAAAAAGCGGAGCCAGAAGCGACGAGAAUGGCCGAAAAAACGCCGGAUUUCAAGCUCGUAUUCGAGAAGGAGGGAGUUUAUCUUCACACAAACGCCAAGAAGAGCAACCUGGACACGAGCAUCCCGGGCUUCAUCAGGAUCGUCGAGCGCGCCGGGAUCCCUGCGUUGGAGUGGAGUCCGGUGGAAGACGAAGGACGCAACGCUCCAACUGUUCUCUUCAGCAAGAAGGAGGGGGAGGGGGACGGGGAGGACACGCAGUUCGAGCCCGGGUACGAGCCGGACUGGGCCGUGAUCAGCACCGUGAAGAGGAGCAGAGCGCCGACGCCCGCCAAGGCCUCAGGAGAGUGGGCUUUCUCUCUCCCUCUGUCGGAGCUUUACUCCCUGCGUCGCGCUCGCUUCUCUUUGGGCAGAAACUUCUUGGUCCUGACCAGCAGGGGGGGCCAUCCUCUGCCCCCGCUGCACUUCCACAGAGGAGGCACCAGAGAGCUGCUGAGAGCCAUGCACCGCUACGUCAUCCUCGACCCGUCUCCGGUGGACGCGCGGCUCUUUUUGGCUUUCCCCAACGACUCCGGCGACGUCUCCCCUUCGUUCGAUCGACUCCAGCUCCUCGACGACGGCUCCGAUCUCGUCCAGAGGUUCAUCCACGAUCCGUACGCCACCACGUUCGGGGGAUUUUCCAAAGUCACAACCUUUUUCCGGGCGGCGCUCAAACCUCCGGAGACGCUGCACCACAGAAGAGCCCAGGACCCGGCGCACCCUGGUGGUCUGGAGGACGAGCCCGAGUUUGAGCUCAUCACAUGUGGCGUGGAGCUGGGGCCUCGUCCUCAGGUGACCAGGGGCCGACCUCUGGAGCGUUGGGACGACCUGCUGGACUCUGAGGGUCGAGUGAUGCAGCCAGACAGGAUCAAAGAGGCGGUGUUUAGAGGGGGCAUCUCUCCGCCGCUGAGGAAGGAGCUGUGGAAGUUCCUGUUGGGUUUUUACCCCUGGAACAGCACGCGCUCGGAGAGAGAGGACAUCCUCAGGGUCAAAACAGACGAGUAUUUCCGGAUGAAGGUCCAGUGGAAGUCCGUGAGCGAGGAGCAGGAGAUGAGGAACUCGCUGCUGCGCGGAUACAGGAACCUGAUUGAGCGUGACGUGAGCCGCACAGACAGAAACAACACGUUUUUCUCGGGGAACGAUAAUCCGGGCCUCACUCUGCUGCACGACGUCCUCAUGACCUACUGCAUGUACAACUUCGACCUCGGUUACGUCCAGGGCAUGAGUGACCUCUUGGCUCCGCUGCUGUUUGUGACUCAGAACGAGGUGGAGUCGUUCUGGUGUCUGACCGGCUUCAUGGACCUCGUGCACCUGAACUUUGAGGAGUCUCAGGAGGCCAUGAAGAAGCAGCUGCUGCAGCUCAGUCUGCUGCUGAGAGCCCUCGACCCCGAACUCUGUGACUUCCUCGACUCCCAGGACAGCGGCUCUCUGUGCUUCUGUUUCCGGUGGCUGCUCAUCUGGUUUAAGAGAGAGUUUUCCUUCGAGGACAUUCUGACGCUGUGGGAGGUGAGACACGGACAAACAUUUAAAAACAACAAAUAAUAUAAUAAUAAUAAUAAUAA